UUGAAACUUUUAAGUUCAUUCGCCUCUAUCCUUCUUCGAUUGCAACGGAACUACACUGAUCCCAAGUGAUACUACUUUCGUCAUUUUCUUAGUACUCUUGGCUAAUUUUAUUAGGCUCUUGAUAGUUCAAUCUAAUCGCACCGGGGGAACAUUCCAUGGUCUGGACAAAACUCUAAGAACCUUGGUUGGGGAAGGAAGCUGUACGGAGGUGCUUACGGGCAACUGCCGUAUACUAGCUUGAACACGAAAUUUUAAAAUCAUCUGCGUUGCCACGGAGGACACAGCGGGAUAACAGGAAGAGAGUGGGUGAAAAGACCCCGCCUUGUGGCACUCCAUUGUCUUGAAUCAUUGGUGGAGAGGUUUUUCCACCUACGGAUACUCAGGGCUCGAAAUCUUCGAAAUCUCAGUAGCUUCGCUUCGACUAGAACUGCUUCGGCAGUUGCCGUCUGUUGAAGCAUCAAGGCAACCAGCGCAUAUGCAACAUCGUUCCGUUGCUAUAUAUUUAACGUAGAAACUACUGUAGAAUAAUGAAGAUUUUUCAUUAGUAGUUCAACCGUCAACUUGACUAGGCGUUAUUUCCUCUGGAAGAAUCGUUCCCUGCACCUGAAUCUCGGACAGGUUAUGGUCCCAGUCCGGAAGCUCCUGAAGUCGGAAAAUUGAAGCGUGAAGAGUUGCUGUUUUUUCUCAAAGUGAUGGAGUGGGCGAAGAUUGUCAAGUUGACCAAUUCAAACUACCAAGUACUCCUCCGGCACCGGUUACGGCAACUUGGACGGAAGGCGACGAAAAGACGUUGGCCACGAUUCAGCUAAUGCUGGACGAAAGCCAAUUCGGACUGAUUCGUGACAAGAAGACGGCGAAGGACACGUGGGCGGCGCUAAAGGCGCACCACGAGGAGAUCACGCUGGGACAGCGGGUGACCCUUCUCCGGCAAAUCACGAACCAAAAUUUCAAGAUUGGGGACAACAUGGAGAUCUACUUGGCAGAUAUCGAGAAGCAGUAUGGUCGUCUGGAGAGUUCCGGAUUUGAAAUGGAAGAGUGCCUCAAAGUUGCGCUAAUACUUCGGGGUCUUCCGGAGUCGUUCAAUCCUCUCACAACGGCUCUGGAAGCGAGGAACGAGAAUGAGCUUACGCUAGAGCUCGUCAAAGUGAAACUGUUGGACGAAGUGGAUAAACAUCGGAGGCGUUUGGGUUCGACGAGUAAGCGCUGCGGAUGUGCGGAUCCGGCGCGUUGCAGAAAGGUGCUGUCUGCUAUCAUUGCGGUAAACCGGGGCAUCGGAAGCGGAAUUGCAAGGCGUUCCUGGCGGAAAGCGGUAAGGCAGAGCAGAAAAAGGAAAAGGCCAAGGCCAAAACAGUGCGCGAAAACGACGCAAAGUCGUUCACGUUUAAGCGCGAUUCAUAUACAACAUCCACGUCACGUUCACGUUCCGUCACGUCACGUUGCGUCAAUUAUUGUUCCAUGCAACUCCUAUUGAAGCAUUCACAUACGCCAGCAACGGCAAGUCGAAGUUGCCGUUGCCGGUGUAUGUGAAUGUUUGCAUAAGAACUGCUUGGAAGAAUAAUUGACGCAACGUGACGGGACGGAACGUGAACGUGACGUGGAUGUUGUAUGUGAAUCGCACUUUAUGGUGCGGUCCGAUAAGCAUGUUUCUGACUCUAAUGCGUGGGUGAUCGACUCGGGCGCGACUUCGAAUUGGGCGAAAAAUCGCAGUGACUUUAUGCGUCUCGAUUAGAGUAUUCGUCCGGACAUUUCAACCGCCGACGGAAAAGUACGGCGGGCGUUGGUGAUUGUAAAAUCGAGUGCGUGGACGGUCGCAAUGAAAAAGUGUCCGUUACGUUGACUGGUGUAACUAGAAAGCAACUUGAUCUCAGUGAUGAAACUCGCAGAAAAAGGUGUACGUGCGGAAUUCGAUGCGAAUCAGUGUUCGUUGGUGUAUGACGGGUUGGUGAUUGCGACGGCAGAUCGCGCGGGAGGCCUGUAACGUGAUUGAAAAAUCGUUGCUGGUGAGUGGUAAGAGCCACAACACUGAUUGUCUGCACCCAAGACUCGGACACAGAGAUCCGGAUGUGAUUGGCGAGGUCGAGCGGCGUGGUUUGGCGUCGGGAAUGAAAAUCAAGAAUUGCGGAGUUCGGCAGACGUGUAAGUGUUGCGUUGAACGGAAGAUGGCACGACCAUCAUUUCCCCAGGAAGCUGAGAAUAAGUCGAGAGCAGUGUUGGAAAUCGUGCAUUGCGACGUGUGUGGCCCCAUGACGACAUCGCCGGGUAGGUGCAGAUACUUCAUGACGAUGAUAGAUGACAUAGCCACUAUACGGUCGUCUAAUUUCUCAAGGAGAAGUCGCCGACAGGAUCCGUGAGUAUAUCAGGUUCACCGAAACGCAGUUCGGGCGGAAACCGAAGGUCAUCAUUCAGACCGGGGCGGCGAGUAUACCAGCAACGUCCUGCGCAAGUUCUGCGCUGAGGAGGGAAUCAAGUCUGAAUUCACCGUUGGGUACGCGCAGCAGCAGAACGACGUAGCUGAAAGAAGGAACAGAACGUUAAACGAGAUGGGACUGUGUAUGCUGUUGGAUGCUGGCUUGCUUCGCCACUAUUGGGCGGAAACUGUGAAUACCGCGGCGUACAUCCAGAACCGGCUGCCGUCGUCAGCGAUUGGAUCGACGCCGUACGAGAUUUGGUUCAGCAGCAAACCCGAUUUGCAGCACUUCAAGAUUUUCGGCUGCAGUGCAUACGUGUGGCAACCGGUGCAAAAGAGGAAGAAGAGGAAAAGAGGAUACGCGUCGGACAGCAAGGCCUUUCGUUUGCUGAAUACGUCAACUGGUCAGAUAGUCAUCAGUCGUGAUGUGCGUUUCUUGGAGCUCGACGUGGAGAACAAGAACGUGAAAGAUGGAACCAUCUGUUACGGACAGCUGAGGCUUAUCGCGAAUCGAGUUAGAGAUCCAUAAGAUAAGCACUAUUUGAGAUUAUAUUUAGAAAAGACCUCCAAGCGAGGUAUAGAAACGUUUAGAAAGGACCAAUGUAAGGCAAUUAAAAGAUGUAAGAGCUCAAGUGUUUUGUUAGGCUAGAAAACGCUUGUAGUUCGAAAUUAUUGCCGGUCAUAAAUUCAGAAUGGACGAAUAUUUAAAUAGCGUCCGGUAAACAAUUUAAUGCAUGCAUCAUUUAGGAUGCAUUUUUAUUACCCUUUUCCAUCCCUAGCUGCGCUCAGCCAGAUACACCAGCAGGGUGUAAUAAAAUAAAAGGAUGUUAUUUAGAGCGAAGGAUGGAAAGGGGAAAUCCAAGAAUAAGAUAGGCGCACCGACGAGGUGCUAUAAACUUAAGGUAUUUUCUUAGGGUAGUGCAGCCGUCUCAGACUGCACGUUACCAUACGCUAGAAGAAGGGACAAGGAAGGUAGAUGAUCUAAACGAAACCGAUAUGUUAUCGGUUUUCAAGAGAGAGAGAGGAGAUGUUCCUCGUCAAUCUUAGUUUAAGGAACCAUGUAUAUAUUGUGAAACUUUUGAAUAAAUUUUUUAGUAUUGUAACAGAACUCACGCGAAAGCGUUAAAAUUUUUCUUUCAAUAGAGAAAUUUUUCAUGGUGGCUCCAGAGAGGAGCAAGUUUUUCCUUUUAUUUAAGUACAAAAUGUGUUAAUUUGCGAACUCUUCUCGGCAGUGGAUGCCAGAGGUGAUGUUCGUGAA